GCAGUGAGCGAGGAAAUGCCUCGCCGCUGCGCAUGCUCUAAGGGAUGUGUUUCAUUCUUAUUUCUUUCAUUGAGCUCUAUUCUCAUUGGAACUGCUCCCUAUAUAUAUAUAUAUAUAUAUAUAAUAGCUUUUUCUUUCAAAAAUGCCUAGAGAGAGAAGAUCGCCGGAAUCCUAUGGAUUUCCCGGCAGAAUUCCGGCUACUCACCAUAACAGAUUUUACACUACAAAUACCAAUCCAAAUCACAAACAGUCCAUUCUACCUCAAGCUAAGAAAUUAUUCAGCCAAAUUUUACAUGAGGAUGGGAAUACAGUCAUGGGGAAGAUAGAGGGUUCAUUCAAUGGUAUGCCGUCUGCCACCUUCACCCUGGAUGAAGAGCGAAAACUUGAAAGAAAGAUGCAGUUUGCCCUGGUUGGAAGAGGAGUCAGAUUUAUCAACCUCAUCACUAUCAAAAGCUUCCUUGAAGGGACUGGUUUCCAGGGGGGCUCAAGCUUCAUAGACUCAUCAACAACGAUGUGCUUCUUAUCUUCAACAAAGAGGAAGAAUACCUGAGAUUCUUCAUUAGAGGUACCUGGAUUAUCAAUAAUAUUAAGUUUUAUGUUUCGAAAUGGACUACUGAUUAUAGUCCUCAUAAAGAUAGCUCUAUUGUUCCUUUAUGGGCUACUAUCAGCAACCUUCCCACCCACUUCAUUACUCCAGAGGCCUUAUUUACCAUUACCAGUUCAAUUGGUCAGCCUUUACUCAUGGAUUUCCAAAUAGCUAAUCUUAUCAGAACCAAUGAAGCUAGGUGUUGUAU